AUGACGGCGACGCUCGACGCCGACGCCGACGCCUCCGCGGAUGUGGACAUGCGUUCGUACGAGAGCGCGGAUACGAACGCGUCGCGGUCGGCGAUCGGAACGAGCGAUGACGAGGGGAGCGAUAGCGAGGCGAUGUUCGCGCGCGCGGCGGCGGUGACGCACGAUUGGCUUUGCGAUUUCGAGUCGUUGAGAAAACGGGGGUCCAAGGCGCACGGCGAGACGUUUACGUGUGGCGAUGCGAAGUGGCGGUUGAUGAUGUAUCCGUUCGGGACGGAGCGCGUUCGGGCGGAGUCGUUGGAUGACUGCAGCGUGAGCUUGUUUUUGGACACGGUGGACCGGCCGCGGAGGGAGGACGAGCUGAGCAAGGAGUGGCGGCGACACUGUAAGUUUGAGCUCCAGAUGCUGCAUCCGAAGGACGCGUCGAUGAUGGUGUCAAGGGACGCCACGCACUCGUUUUGCGAGACGGAGUCGGAUUGGGGGUUCACUUCAUUUGUGUCCAGGAAGGAUGUGUACGAAAAGGGAUACGUCGACGCCGAGGGAUGUGUGACUUUUCGAGUCAUUAUCACGCCGUGCGAGGAGCACGAGGUGGAGAGAAUCGGAAUGCAGAACAAUGUCUGCAGCGAGUACGACUCGCGUAAGGAGACGGGCUUCAUCGGGUUGAAGAAUCAGGGCGCGACGUGUUACAUGAACUCGCUCCUGCAGACACUCUAUCACAUUCCUUCGUUUCGACGCGCCGUCUAUCAUAUGCCGACGAACGAAACGGAGGAGGCGCACCUUUGCAUGCCAUUAGCAUUGCAGUCAGUCUUCUACUGCCUGCAGUACGCGAGUGAGGGAGACGUGAGCACGGAGGACCUCACACGGUCGUUUGGAUGGGACUCGUACGACUCAUUCAUGCAGCACGAUGUGCAGGAGCUCAAUCGAGUGUUGCAAGACAAGCUGGAGGAGCAAAUGAAACAAACGUGCGUCGAAGGCACCAUACAAAAACUGUUCGAAGGCCACACGACAAACUUCAUCGAGUGCAUCAACGUGGACUAUAAGAGUGAACGCAAGGAGGAAUUUCUCGAUCUUCAGUUGGACGUGAAGGGAUGCAAAGAUAUUUAUGCGUCUUUCGACCGCUACACGGAGAUAGAGAAAUUAGAUGGCGAUAACAAGUACCGCGCCGAGGGCUUCGGCUUGCAAGACGCACGCAAAGGUACUCUGUUCCACAACUUUCCUCCGGUGCUGACGAUUCAGCUCAAACGCUUUGAGUACGACUUCAAUCGCGACACGAUGGUGAAGAUCCACGAUAGAUACGAGUUCCCCGAAGAGCUUGAUCUGGACGUCGGCGACCGGAAAUACCUAGUUCCCGACUCCGAUAAGAGCGUUCGGAACAAGUAUAAACUUCACAGCGUCCUAGUGCAUAGCGGUGGCAUCAACGGUGGCCAUUAUUACGCCUUCAUUCGGCCAGAUUUACAAGAUGAAGACGCGCAGUGGUACAAGUUUGAUGACGAGCAUGUGACGAAAGAGUCCACCGAGAAAGCAGUGAUGGACCAGUAUGGAAGCGGUGGCUCAGUUCCCGUCGAUAGUGAUAUGGAGGCGGAUGACGAUUCAACAAACGUGCGUGUUGCGCCCAAUUUACGCUAUGCAAAGAUGAGCAGCGCAUACAUGCUGGUGUAUGUACGAGAAAGUGACAUGGAUCAGAUGAUGUGUGAUGCGAAUAAAUGUCACCUCAGCGCGCACCUUCAGGCGCGUUUCGCCGGCGAGCAGGCGGAGAAGGAACGGAGAGCGCUGGAGAAGGCUGAGGCACAUCUGUACACAGUGAUCAAGGUUUUGCAGAAAAAGAGUAUGCAAGAGCAGAUUGAGACGGAAAAGUUCUUCGAUUUGGGUAACUUCGACAGCGAACACGCAGUGAGAUUCCGCUUACCGAAGAAAACGACUUUCAAGAAGUUUAAAGCGCUCGUGGCCGAGGAGCUCGGCGUGCCCGUUGCGCGUCAGCGAUACUGGUUGUAUUCGCCACGACGAAACAAGACUAGCCGUCCGGUGAGCGUCAUUCCAGAAGAAAAGUUACCGCACGAUGCGACGGUAGAGAACAUGCGUGUUAAGUUCGGAUCGCCAAAUCGGUCGUACAAUCCCAUGGGUGAGUUCAGGCUUUUGCUUGAGGAAUUCGACGACAAAACAGAGUGUUAUGAUCUCAGGCGCUGCAUCUGCCUUCACCUGAAGGUUUACAAUCCGUUCGAGGCUCGUCUUACUUACGCCGGAAGCUUUUACGCGAACGUGGAUGAAACGCUCCACAAUAAGUUGAGAGUGAUCAAGGAAAUGGCUGGAAUCGAUCAAGAAUCGAAAGUGCUUCUGUUUGAAGAAAUCGCCUUCGUGCACGAUUCGGCAAUUCAAGUCGAUUUGAUAAGUCCACAUCAGAUUGAGAACUUCGCGCUGAUGGACGACAAAGAGAGCAAGGAUAGUUUGCAACUAGGAAACGGUGACAUCUUGGUCGUUCAACCGGACGUUACCGAGGUCAUGGAGGAGACUCUGAAGUUCCCGAAUGUUGCUCAGUUUAUGGAGUAUCGCCACAAUCAUCAAGUCGUCAUUUUCCGCGACCUGGCGGAGUCAAAAGUCGAUAAAGUGCGGCUCGAGCUGACGAAGUUGAUGAGUUACGAUCAAGUCGCCGAGGCUUUGGCCGAUGCAAUCGAGUUGUCAGAUCCCAUGCGUCUGCGCUUCACUGCGUACAACGUGUACACUAAUGGUCCGAAGAGUGUGAGCUACAAGUUCCGAGGCAUGGACAAUUUGGUUCAGAUGCUGGACAACCAACAGAGUGAGGUACUUUACUACGAAGUUUUGGACAUCCCCUUGCCCGAACUCGAGCAGUUAAAGACACUCAAGGUGUCGUUCCACGCGGCGAACACGAAACUGGUUCAGGAGUUUCAGUUGCGUCUGCCGAAAAACGCGACUGUGCAGGACGUGUUGGAAGAGAUCAAAUCCCAACUCGGCGAUAAGGUUGGCCCGGAUCGAAAGUUACGCUUGCUGGAGUUGUUUUACUCUCAAAUUUACAAGGUUUUCGACGAGGAUAAGGAGAUCGCUGACAUCAAUGAUCAGUACUGGACGCUGCGCGCCGAGGAAGUCCCUGAAGACGAGCCUGAGACGGACAAGCUCCUCAGGGUGUACAGUAUUUCGAAAGAUUUGUCCAAUCCGUCGCAGUUCCACUGCUACGACGAACCAUUCAUGGUUCGCAUCUCAGAAUCAGAAACCUUCGGUGCGCUCAAGGAGCGCAUCAAGAACAAGCUCGAGGUGCCGGACGAAGACUUCGCCAAGUGCAAGUUUUACGCGGGAAACGUCCCGAACCGCUUCGAACCCCUGAGUGACGAUGACGACUUGCUCCUGUCCACCAAAUUCAAUCGAGUCGACAAAGACGGCUUCUUAGAGUCCAUCUUGGGCAUCGAACGCGACGUCAAGGGCCCAAGACGUCCCGCGAGUCGACAAGGCAAGACCACGGGCGGGUUCGAGCGCGCGAUCAAAAUCCUCUAG